AGGAGAGCUGCGUUACAUCUGUGUCUGAUCCUUCGUCGUUUUGUCCUGGCACUCGACCAUCAUGUCUUACACGGCCGGCUCUUACAUGGCCAAACCCUACGCAGACAAAUCCUAUGGGGGCAGCGUGUAUACGGGAUAUCCGGAUGAGAAAUCUGCGAAAGACGUGUACGAGGAACAGCUGAAGCGCGAGAAGAGAAAGAGACGGGAAUCUAUCUGCUGUGAGCUGGUUGCGCUGAUCAUCGGCUUCUUCGGACUGAUCGGCGUCGCCUCCGUCACAGGCCUCCCGAUGUGGAAGGUCACCGCGUUCAUCGAGGAGAACAUCAUCGUGAUGGAGACGCGUUGGGAGGGAUUGUGGAUGAACUGCUACCGGCAAGCCAACAUCCGUAUGCAAUGCAAAGUCUACGAUUCUCUGCUGUUUCUCCCGGCCGACCUCCAGGCCGCCAGGGGUCUCAUGUGCUCCUCCGUCGCUUUGACCACCUUCGCCUGCAUCUUGUCGGCCGUAGGCAUGCGCUGCACCCGUCUGGUAGACUCCCGUCCUAGAACCAAGCACAUUGUUUUGGUGAGCGGAGGGUGUUUGUUUUUGGCUGGCUGCUUGACCACCAUCAUUCCUGUGUCGUGGACGGCUCAUGUGAUCAUCCAGGACUUCUACAACCCGUUGUUAAUCGACGCCCAACGUAGAGAGCUCGGAGAGGCCUUGUACAUCGGAUGGGUCACUUCAGCUAUGCUCUUUAGCGCUGGGGUGAUUCUGCUUUGUCGACAUGCACCACGGACCCAGGACAAAGAAGACUUGGCUGCUGUUCUGUAUCGGGCCGGAUCGGCCCCGUAUAACUACUCCUACAGGCCUGGAUAUGGAUAUCAGCCUGCGAAUAACUAUCAGCCAGCCUAUUCUCCUGUCCAGUCAGUUUAUAACCCUCCAAGAUACUGAGGCACACAGUGAGUGCUGUGCUUUACCACUUCUAUAGAGACUCCAAUAAAAAAGUUGAGUUGGGA